ACGACCAAACGCAGAACUCCCAACUAACUGGCUUAACAAAAAGCUAAGUCAUAUUAUAGCUAGAUUGUGGUCAAGUUCAUCUAUUGUUAAUGCUAAAAUAUAAAAUAGCUAAAGCUCAAUAUUAAUGUCGGUAUAGGAGUCUUCAUAAAAAUCAAACUCAUAAGUGUUGAGAGAAGCUUAGUAUGGAUGUUCAAGUAGAAGGAAAGGCCUUUCAAAGGCAUGGAGGUUCAAUUUUAGGACAAACUUAUUGACAAACUCGAAAUGCAACCCUCAUUGACUGCCUCGAGUGAAAGUCUUUAUGAUCAGCUCGAAAUGCAAACAAUCAGGACCAAGUGAUAGAAUAGGAAUGUUAUGACUAUUCUUCCUGUAAUUAUGUUGUAAUCAUGCUAGUCAUAUUAGGCAUUAGUUUGACUUUAACCUAUUCAUUUUUGUAUAUAUAUUGAAUGACUAUCAAUGAGAAAGGUACCAAAUUAUUUCCAUAUUCUUCCUAUCUUACAUGGUAUCAGCUUCCUAAAGAUCCUACCCUAAUUCUUCCGCUGCAGCCGUCGCCGUGCUCUCCGCACCGCCGCCGCUGUCCUCUGCACUAGCCGCCACUGUGCUUUCCUCUCCAAGCACCACCGCCGCCGCUGUGCCUCUCACCCUCAUUCUUCCCUCACGCGCGCUUGGCCCACUACCUCCGCCGCACCUCCCAAUUCCUCCCUUCUCCACGCGACCGGCCCACUGCCUUCGCGUUUUCUCCCUCCUUCCUUCUCCGUCGCCGCUGUCUCUGCAAGUUCCCAGCGUCGUCGUCCUCUUCGCGAGUUGUUCCUCUCUCGCAGGAUACCAGCGCCGCCGCCUCCUACCGCCGCGCCGCCACUGCCCCUCGCACCGACGACCGCCACCCUUGCCCGCAGUCGCCGCCGCCCCUGGUUGCUAGCCUCUCGCGCCGCCAGCACACACACCCCGAUCUGCGUUUCACUUGAACGCAAACCCGGGUCCAAACACCCAUCACGACCCGACCCGGAUCUGUUUCCAGCGAACCAGACCGAACCGGUUCGCUCAGCCCGGUUUGGCCAGGCCGCCCGGUUCAGCCACCAGCAGUUAAAAAAAAAAAAAAAAUCUUAUUAAUUUUUUCUGCUGAUUCUCAUGGCUGAUUCCACUUCCAUCGAUGCUUCCUCCACUCCUCCGGUGGUUGCCUCCGCAGCUCCUCCUCCGGCCCCGCCGGCCAAAUCCGAUUUUCACCCGGCCCUGACCGUUUCGAAUAUUAGGAAUAACAUUCCUAUUAUUCUUGACGUGGAGACUGACCGCUAUGGCACCUGGGCGGAGCUGUUCCGCAUUCAUGCUCGUUCUCACAGAGUUUUGCAUCACAUUGUCCCUACUGCGGACAAACCACCUCCACCGGUGACUGAUCCUGCCUAUGAGCAGUGGGCCACUUUGGAUGCUACGGUCCUUCAGUGGAUUUAUUCCACCAUCUCUGUUGACCUGAUGACUAAUAUCAUGGAGCCUGGCUCCACUGCCUUCACUGCUUGGACGCAUCUAGCGGAUCUGUUUCAGGACAAUCAGAACGCUCGUGCAGUCACCCUCGAGCAGGAGUUCUCUACUGUUCGCAUGGAGGCAUUCCCGACCGUCGCUGCCUACUGCCAGCGUCUGAAGACGCUUUCUGACCAGCUUCGUGAUGUUGGUGCUCCUGUGAACAAUCACCGUCUGGUUCUGCAGCUCAUCUCCGGCCUCACCGGUGCAUACAGGGGUAUUGCUACUUUGAUCCGUCAGAGCAAUCCGCUCCCCUCCUUUCAUCAGGCUCGCUCCAUGCUCACCUUAGAGGAAGCCAGUAUGGCUAAGAUGAAACCCCCUGAGUCUCAUGCUGCCUAUGUUGCUACUCAGCCGCGUUCUUCGGAUGCCUCUUCUCAGAGUUCUGAUCGCCGGACCUCCAACCGUUCACGAUCCCACAACUCUAAGGGUCGUGGUGGGAAUCGUGGAAACGGUGGAGGAUCCCGCAGUGGCACCUCUCAGGGCUCCUCUCCUCCGAUGCCUCCUCAGCAACAGUACUUCCCCUACCAGCAUUGGGGAUGGGCUCCACCUCCAUGGGCCAUGCCUCCGUGCCCAUAUCCUACUUCUCAGUGGACUCGUCCUCCUGCUCCUCCUCGGCAACCUGGCAUUCUGGGCCCGCGUCCUCAGGCUUAUGCUGCUUCGGCCUCCUCCGUGCCCACUGAUCUUGCCACUGCCAUGCACACCAUGACGCUUGCUCCUCCAGAUAGCACCUGGUACAUGGACACUGGAGCAUCAUCUCAUGUAGCAGCAUCACCAGACGGGGAUUCCACUCAUGAGAUGUAAUAGUCCUGGCGACCUAUACCUAGUCACUCCGUCUUUUCCAUUUGCUGGUAUAGCUCAGAGUCUCUGGCACAGUCGUCUUGGUCAUCCCAGUUCUUCUGCCUUGCGGUAUCUACGUAGUAAUAAGUUCAUUAGUUAUGAGCUUUUGAACUAUAGUCCGGUUUGUGAGUCUUGUGUGUUUGGCAAACAUGUUAGGUUGCCAUUUGUUUCUUCUAAUAAUGUUACUGUGAUGCCUUUUGACAUUUUACACAGUGAUCUAUGGACUUCUCCUGUUUUAUCGUCCGCUGGUCAUCGAUUUUAUGUUUUAUUCUUGGAUGAUUUCACGGA